AAAAAAUUUAAUUAAAAAAUAAUAAAUAAUUAUUAACUAGUAGAAAUAAUCAGGAUUUGAUCCAUCUAAAUUUUAUAGCAAUAGGGUAAAAAUAGCAAGUUAAAUGUUGAUUAAUUAGCUUAAAUUUGUAAAUAAAUUCAUGAUAAAAUCUAAGUAAUUGAAUUAAACUCUGAGCUACACUUUUUGGUUUAACAAAAAUGUAGGAACAGGAAAUACAUUAUUUGAAAGAGCUGGUGGCAAAUCAGUUGUUGAAAAAUCAAUGAGAGAUUUUAAAAUGAUGAUGAGAGAAAACCCUGAAUUAGAGCAUUAUUUCAUAUGGAAAGAUGAAAAAAAAUAUGUUCCUGGUAGCUAAGCUUACGCAGUGAAUUCUUUAGGAGGUCCUUUCCCAUAUGCAGGAAGAAAUUUGAGAGUUUCACACAGAGCACUUAAAAUUACUAAUCACUAUUUCGAUUUAGCUAUGGAAUGUAUGGAAAAGGCUUUUAUGAAAAAUGGAGUUGAUUAGUAAACUGCAAGAGACAUUGUGAAACAUUUCGAAGAAUAUAGAGCAGAAAUAACGAAUAAAUAUAUAAAUCCAAAAAAGGAUGAAGAAAUGUUUGAAAAAUAUUAUAAUUCAGACUGGUAAAAAUCACUUGAAAGAGAAAAUUAAUAAUAGCAACCUUAACAUGAUGAUGUGCAACACACCAAAGAUUAUUAAGAUAGUAAUCAAAAAAAGGAGUGAUAAAAUAAAUUUUAAUUUGUUCUAAUUUAUUAUAGUUAGUCUCAUUUAUAUAAAUUAAUAAAAGUAUUAUUUUAAAUAAUUAAAAUUAAUAAAUCUAAGAUUAUUUCAAUAA